AUGUCUACAGCCAAGCUCUUGCUCGCUCUUGUUUCCUAUGGUCUGCACUCGUUGGUUGCGGGCGUUCGCGCGACGCCCGUGACGCCGUUUGCCGUCGCGCCGGCCUCGCCGGGCGCUGCCGCGGCCUUCGCCGCGGUGCAGAUGCACGAGGGGGUUGCACCGAUUGAGAACAAGACGCCUGUGCAAAAGAUGAUCGACCUGGUGAUGAUUGGCUUAUUGGUACUGCUGGGCGGUGUCUUUGCGGGUCUUACGCUCGGCCUGAUGGGCCUCGACAUGGUCAACUUGCAGGUGAUGAUGACCUCGGGUACCGAGCAGGAGCGCAUCAAUGCGACCAAGGUGAUGCGCCUGCUCGAGCGCGGCCGCCACUGGGUGCUGGUCGUGCUGCUCCUGGGCAAUGUCAUUGUCAACGAGACGCUGCCCAUCUUCCUCUCGGAGUUCGGCUCGGGCCUCAGCGCGGUGAUCCUCUCGACGGUGCUCAUUGUCAUCUUUGGCGAGAUUGUGCCCCAGUCCAUCUGCGCGCGCUAUGGACUGUCGAUUGGCGCCAUGUGCGCGCCGCUCGUGCACUGCGCCAUGAUCCUCAUGGCGCCGGUCGCGUGGCCCACGGCCAAGCUCCUCGACUACUGCCUCGGCGAGGAGCACGGCACGACGUACCGCAAGGCGGAGCUCAAGACCUUUGUCACGCUCCACCAGCAGAUCGGCACAGAGCACCUGAACGACGACGAGGUGACGAUCAUCCGCGCAGUGCUCGACUUGAACGACAAGACGCUGCGCGAUGUCAUGACCCCGAUCGAAGACGUGUACACGCUGCCGAGCGACCACGUUCUCGACGAGCCGGCGGUCGACAAGCUCGUCGACUCGGGCUACUCGCGUGUGCCGAUCCACGAGCCGGGCAAGGACGAUGCGAUUAUCGGCAUGCUCCUCGUCAAGCGCCUGAUCCAGUACGACCCGGAAGACGGCUGGCCCGUGUCGCGCUUUACGCUCACACCGCUGCCAGAAGCGUCGCCGGAGCUGAACCUGCUCGACGCGAUCAAUUACAUGCAGGUCGGCCGCUCGCACAUGAUCCUCGUGUCGGAGCACCCGGGCGAGCCGAGCGGCGCGCUGGGUGUCGUGACGCUUGAGGACAUUAUCGAGGAGAUGAUUGGCGAGGAGAUUGUGGACGAGACGGACGUCUUUGUCGACGUCCACAACAAGAUCAAGGUCGUGCGCCAAAAGCCGGCAGGCAUCAAGCAGGAGCAGUGGCAGCCGCUGAUCCGUGGCAUCAUCGAGCGCCGCCGCAAGUACGGCGGACCGCAGCAGACGCCGCUGCACUCGUCGUUCGGCACGAUCUCGCGCCACAACCGCUCCACGAGCCAGAGCAGGUUCGGCGUCGUGCCGCAGCGCAAGGCACGCGACAAGGUCUCGCUCAAGCACCUCGGCUCGUACACGCGGGGGUACGACUCGCAGAGCGAGAUGUCGCCGGGCUUUUCGCCGCAGCCGUUCCAGGCGGCGCAGGGCCAGAUGUCGAGCUCGCUCAUGUCGGACGCGUACAGCGACUAUGCCGGCUCGCCCGAUGCAAUGCGCCAGCGUGGCGACGUAUACCAGUCGGACCCCGAGCAGGAGUUUGAGGCGCAGGGGCCGUACAUUGUCGAGAUGGGCGGCAGCCAGAACCAGACGCCGCGCGUCAUCACGGUCGCCGAUCUGAACAACCAGCAGGAUUCCAAAGGGAUGCGCACCCUCGCGGCCGCCGCGUCGGUGGCGCACGCCAUGUCGGAGACCAACAAGCAGAACGACGACAAAUAA